AUGUCUCAAGUUGGAGGUCCCCGCGUCAAGCUAAACACUGGCUACGAGAUUCCCCUUGUCGGUUUCGGCACCUACAAGGUCACGGGGACUGAAACCGUCGAAAUUGCCGUUGACGCCGCUCUCAAAGCUGGCUAUCGGCAUUUUGAUACCGCUAAGUACUACGUGAAUGAGCCUGAACUUGGAGCGGCGUUGGAAGUAGGCAUUUUUACAUUAAAUUUGUUUUUUAGGUAACAAUUCUUUAAAAAAUCUAUUUUUUUAAAGAAAUUCCUUCCCAAACACGGAGUCAAACGUGAAGAGAUCUUCCUGACCACAAAGCUGUGGCCAGCCAAGGAGAAUAACGCUCAGGUUACCGUAGAUUUAGUCAAUGAGUCGUUGAAAAAUCUGAGAACCGACUACUUGGAUCUGGUCUUGAUUCAUUACCCAAAAGCCAAUGAGAAGGAAAACGACGAUCCAACCAAUGCGAAUGACCGUAAAGAACUGUGGUUAGCCCUGGAGAAGCUUCAUAGUAAGUUAGUUUAAUAUAUUUAAGUCCAUGUUGUAGUAGAUGAUUCAAACAAAGUAUAUUCCAGAAAGUGGCGUGAUCAGGUCAAUUGGUGUGUCGAACUACGAAGUCCAUCACAUGAAGGAGAUUCCUGAGUAUUCCAGAACUGUCCCAGCCGUGAAUCAAUUGGAGUAUCAUCCUCAUUUCAAACGUCAGGACAUCAAGGAUUACUGCAAACAAAUCGGAACGUUCUUCCAGGUAAGCUAAUCUAUAUUCGACGACCUUGUUCUUUAGGCCUUCUCUUCGCUUGGAAGAUAUCAACCAGAGCUUGUCAACGACCCUGUUGUAACCGGUCUUGCCAAGAAGUACAACACCACAAUCGAGCAGGUCUUAUUGUCGUUUGCGACUUCCCAGAACGUUGGGAUCGUUCCCAAAUCCACGAAUCCCGAGAGAAUUGAAGCCAACUUCAAAGUUAUUAACUUCAAGUUGUCUCCGGAAGACAUCGAGCAGCUCAAUUCCAUCAACGUUGAUCAACAUUACAUCCGAUGUACUGGAUGGCUUGUGAAAUAA